AUUUUCUGACUGUGACCAUCUUCGACAUCAGAGAAAAUACUUUGAAGAAGUAAGAAGUAAAAUACAAAGAAGCCAUGGCAUUCCAGUCUAAUGUCAUUACCUCUCAACCUACCCAGUACACAGUAACAACUGGACGUUCUUCAGAUUGGAAUACAAAUGUGUGCGAUUGCUGUGAUGACUGUAGCAUCUGUUUAUGUGGAGCAUUUGUCCCAUGCAUCCUUGGUUGUAAAGUGGCUGAAAAUAAUGGGGAUUGCUGCUGUCUACCUUGCCUCCCAGGUGCCAUGGUUGCUUUAAGAACAAGCAUACGUAGCAAAUACAACAUUGAGGGCUCUGUGUGUGACGACUGGGUGGUCAUGGCCUGCCUGCCUUUAUGUGGACUGUGUCAGAUGGCGCGAGAGCAGAAGAUGAGAAGAUAAACAGAUUGCUGAUUAAUUUUUAAAUAACUGUGAAAAGACAUAAAAAAGCAAAAAUUAGCAUUGUGAAUUUGAUCGAAGAAAAAUUUAAGAAAUUUAAUGGGUUUUUUUUACAUUUUUAAUGUAAAUAUAUCUUGUAUUACUUUAACAUGUCUUACUAUUAUACAUCUACUUCAUAAGCUGUAAAUGGUCUAAAGUGAAGGCAGAAAUAGAGAGUUAAAACUAAGCUAAAAGAUCUUACAAGCCUUAUAGAGUCACUGUGUUGGAUUAACAAUAAAAGAUAAGGAAAUUUAAAGCAGCACUGGUCCUUCCUUUUGCAGAAAUGAUUUUGGAAAAUCAAACAUAUAAAGGUUUAAUAAGAUUAUUCAUAACUAUUUUAUUUAAUUGUGUUUCAAUAGUGCAUCACAUUUUCUUUACAGUAAUGUUUUGUACUUUUUGUACUCGCUUACACAAUCACUGGUACUUCAAU